GGGAGACACUCACAGAGAGUGUGUGUAUGUGUGUGUAAGAGAGAGAAAGAUUGAGAGAGAGAGAUUUGAGAGGGGGUGUGUGUUGCGUGUCGGGCUUCUGCACCUAUCCAUCUCUCCAACACCCUCCUUCAAAUCCGUCCCCAAUUCCUACCGAGUUCAGAGCUUGCGCGGCUGCCCGCAAGGGUCCUUACUGGGAGGAAAGCUGAAGGCAGCAAGGGCAGGGAAGCUCUCUGAUCUCGCUCCAGGGACGAACAUCAGAUGACAGCUCCAGCACACCGAGGGAGGAGAACCCCGCUCGCCCUUGGCCGCUAGAGACAGCAGAGCUGAACCCAGCUUCAGCUUCCCCGAAAGGUCAGGCGCCGCGCAGCAGCGGCCGGAGCGAGGGAGCAGCUCUCCGGACAUCCCCGCGCAAAGCAGCCGAGCCCGAGCGCGAAACCUUGGGCGAAAAGUUACCACUCGUCUUCCCCCCGCAUUCACUUAACCUGGAAAGAAGAAGCCCGCGAGGACCAAGGAGAGCUCUGCGCUUGUAGCUGAAGAUGCUGCUGCUGCUCCCGCUGUGGCUGCUGCUGCCGGAGUUGGCCCUCCUGGUGCCGGCUCAGAAGUUUUCAGCGCUCACGUUUUUAAGAGUGGAACAAGACAAAGACAAAGAAUGUACUCUGGAAUGCACAGGUUCCCCUCAGAAGUCCUUGUGUGCAUCUGAUGGCAGGACUUUCUUGUCUCGAUGUGAAUUUCUACGGGCAAAAUGCAAAGACCCUCAGCUAGACAUUGCCUACAGGGGAAACUGCAAAGAUGUCUCACGAUGUGUGGCAGAGAGGAAAUAUACCCAGGAACAAGCACGGAAGGAGUUCCAGCAAGUAUUCAUCCCAGAAUGCAACGAUGAUGGGACUUACAGCCAGGUUCAGUGCCACAGUUACACAGGCUACUGUUGGUGUGUCACCCCUAAUGGUCGUCCAAUCAGUGGUACAGCUGUAGCGCAUAAAACUCCACGUUGCCCAGGGUCUCUAAAUGAGAAGCUGCCACAGCGUGAAGGUACAGGAAAAACAGUCUCCUUGCAAAUCUUUUCCAUUCUGAAUUCAGAUGAUGCCUCAGCUCCUGCACUGGAGCCUCAGCCCCAAGGAGAUGAAGAAGAUAUAGCUUCUCGCUACCCUACAUUAUGGACUGAGCAAGUAAAGAGCAGACAAAAUAAGACCAAUAAAAAUUCUGCAGCGUCAUGUGAUCAAGAGCUCCAGUCAGCAUUAGAAGAAGCUAAACAGCCCCAGAAAGAUAAUGUAUUCAUUCCAGAGUGUGCUAAUGGUGGGCUUUAUAAACCAGUACAGUGCCAUCCCUCCACAGGAUAUUGCUGGUGUGUCCUUGUUGAUACAGGACGCCCUAUUCCUGGUACAUCCACAAGAUAUGAACAGCCAAAGUGUGAUAACAGUGCUAGAGCUCACCCAAGCAAUACAAGAGACGUGUUCAAAGGGCGCCCAUUGCAAGGUUGUCCUGGUGCCAAAAAGAAUGAAUUUCUGACCAGUGUCCUAGAUGCACUUUCCACAGAUAUGGUGCAUGCUGUUUCUGAUCCUGCAGUAUCUUCCAGCAGGCUUUCAGAACCAGAUCCAAACCAUACUCUGGAGGAAAGAGUUGUUCAUUGGUAUUUUAAACAACUGGAUAAAAAUGCUAGUGGUGACAUCGGCAAAAAAGAAAUCAAACCUUUUAAGAAAUUGUUGAGGAAAAAAUCCAAGCCCAAAAAAUGUGUGAAAAAGUUUGUGGAAUACUGUGAUGUGAACAAUGACAAAUCUUUGACAGUUCCAGAAUUAAUGGGUUGUCUGGGUGUAACAAAAGAAGACAAUAAAGCAGAUACAAAGAAACGUCAUACAAUUCCAAGAAGACAUGCUGAAAGUACUCCUUCUAAUAGGCAGCAAUCCUCAAAGAAGCAAGGUUGAAGACUUCAUAUCCAGGGCAGAUCUCUCGGAUGUGUGGGAGAUUUCCUCACCAAAGGUCAAUAAAGAGCAACCAUAGUAUUUGCACUUUGUACUUUAAAUGUAAAUUCACUUUGUAGAAAUGAGAUAUUUAAACAGACAUUUUUUUAAAAAAAAAUCUGUGAAAAUGUAGUACCAGCUUAUUUUAAACAAUUACCACAUACAAUGUAUGUGCCUUUUUGUUGUUGUCUGAAAUCUGUGUCUUGGAGAUGUAAAAGUUUGCAUUUAAUCUGCUCAAAAAAGAAUAAUGUUCUGUAUUGUAGAACUAGCCUUAUGGUAUGUAUGUUUGUAUGUGUGUGUGUUUGUGUGUGAAUACAUACAUACACAUAUACUAAUUUUCAGUAGAAUUGCUUAUUUUAAUGUAAUGGUUAAUAUUAUUGAACCAGCUUGAUUUGAAGUCUACUGAGCUCACAAAGUUACAUAAUCUAUGCUUGAGGUUGCAUGCUCUUAAAGCUCAUAAAAGAUUAAAAAGUGUUGGUGAUUUAGGCACCUUACAUAAGAACAUAGAUUUUAAAAAGAGUUUAGGGUGCUUUUGUUGAAAAGAUGAAUACUUUUGUACAGCUAGACUGCAACCACGCUGGUUUGAAAAAAAAACACUUUUGUCUUCUUGAAUUUCCUAUAAUUUCUAGAGGGCAGGAGUAUAUGUUUAUUUUAGUUUCUAUCAUUUUGUUUUGGGAUGGUUUAAUCAGCCAGUAAAGGGAAAGAAAGUUCAUUCUGUCACUCAGAGCUGAUUCUGUUAAGCCGCAGAAUAGCAGCAAAAGGACGCAAUUGUUCAGCAUUGUCGUUAUAAUUCUAAGGAGACAAAGAAACUAAAACAGGUUUGUCGAUCUUUGCUGCUUCUUACACCUGGAUAGGCUAAGAUAUGAGAUUUAGGAGCCCCAGGUCUUAUGAAGUUAAACCCAUAAAUUGGACAAAUUAUAUACAGGUAUGGUAAGGAGAUGAAAUUAGGCCAAGCUCUCCCUUGGGGCAUCUUUCUUGCCAUCUGGGAGAUGAUCAUACAAGUUUUCAUACCUUUCCUUCCGAUCUGAUAGAGGUAGGAUUUUUCAGUUCAUUUCUAUAAUGCCUUAAAGCAGUGGGUCUCAACCUUCCUAAUGCCAUGACCCUUUAAUAUAGUUCCUCAUGUUAUGGUGACCUCCAAGCAUAAAAUUAUGUUAUGUUUUCUGUAUUUUUUAAAAAAAUAUGUGUUUUCCGAUGGUCUUAGGCAACUCUUGUGAAAGGAUUGUUCGACCCCCAAACGGGUUAAGACCCACUGGUUGAGAACCACUGCCUUAAAGGAACAAUAAUUUGUAGAUGUGUCCUUCAUGCCAAAAGCUUUUAAAGAAGAAAGAAUCAGUUUGAUUAACUGAUUAACUUAACUUUUUGAUUUUGGACAGAUUUUAUCCAAAGAGACCAAAUGGAUAAAGUAACUGAGUGUAUAUAUAUAUAUUUUUUUAAGUAAAGAGGAUAGCUGUGAUUGUUAACAAUGAUCAAUAUUCUUUUCAAUUCAUUAACAGAACUUUUGCUCAAUAAUAUGUAGAAUAGCUUUUGAUGAUUGUGUUCUGAUUUGGUCUCUAUAUUGUAUUUAUAUCUGCAUUUAUAAUUGCCUAAUAAUAUGCGAUUAGAUGACUUUAAUCAGAUUCAAUUUGAGCAAUAUAAAAUGGGUUUUUAUCCAGACAUUUGGGUAUAAGGAGAAGAUAACCAGAAUGCAUAGGAUUUUUUAUGUCUUUAAAAGAAAUUGUCACUUAGAAUUUGAUACGUUUUUAUAAUGCUAAACUUUGAAUUUAAACUGUUUAGAUUAAAAAUAUAGUGUGCUCUAAAAGUGUUUUUGUUAUCUGUGGCUCAUAUAUAACUUUAUAUAUUAAUUGAUUCUUAUAUAUUAAUUGAUCAGUAGAUGCAUAUUCUGUUUCCACAUAAUAUUAUACCUGGUUUUUUAAACAAACAACAAGGAUUGAAGACCUAAUUUAUGGAUUAGCCAAAUACUUGAUACAAUCAUCUAAGUAACCAAUUUUAAUAUGUAUUAGACCUGGAUAAAUACUGGAUUUCUAUUAACUGAAAAUAGUAGUAAUUUCACGCCACACAAGUUCCUAGUAAUACUUGUAGCAGAUUGUUGUGUGAAUUCUGAAUUGUGGCAUCUAAAUUAUUGUGAGACAUGCAGAUUAACACAGAAUAAGCAGAGAUAUAAUUCUAUUCUGUCACAAAUUGCUUUAGGAAUUAUUCAUUUCCAUAUUUUAAAAUGUUUGUACCUGUAGUUGUAUAUAGCUGUGUACCAGUGGUGGGUUUCAGGAGGUACGCCCUGGUACACGCGUACUGAGCCAGGCCAGAGCACCGGAUACAGUUCCAGUACGGUACUCAGGAGGGCCCCCCCCACCCGAACUCCUUACUGGAGUUUAAAGGCUUUUGCACUUCCACGCAGAUGUAUGGCGCAUACAGUGCCUGCGCGAUGCUCCACGGAGUAGCUGGAGCAUCGCAGAGGAGCUUGAAUGCAUGCGUGUGUUGUACACAUAUGCGCGUGCACUGCACAGAUCCAUGAGGACACUGCUGGCCCCGUUCCAACCGUGCCGGUUGGAACGGGAUUUGCAACCCACCACUGCUGUGUACUUAAAAAAACAGUGUACAAAUGGAAAUAAGAACAAAAGCAAAGCAGUUUUGUGAUGAGAGUCAGGGGAAGAAAGAAACAUCCAUAUUCAAUUUCCAGGCCCUGAAGGGUACAAAAGUUUUGGCUAGGUAGCUCUGGGUGAUCAGAGCUUAUCAGGAAUGAAAUUUCAAUCAAUUGUAAAUAUUUUUCCAGCCUUAUCAUGAUUGUCAGCUUGAACUGCACUGGAAUUAAAAUAUCACUAGGGCAGAAUGAGGUUAAAUGAGUUUUAAAAUACAUGAACAAACAGGAGGAAGAAAAUAUAAGAAGACUGCUGACAGAUUUCUUGUGCUAGAAGAAACAAAUUAAAGGUAUCUAAAUCUGGCAAGAUGACUCAACUUGGCAUUUCCCAAAGAUGUUUGUCUCUUUAUAGUCUUCCAGGAAGGACAGAUUAGUGCUGGUUACUCCUUAACAAAGGCAAUUUAGAAAUACACCUGAUAUAUUUACAUUUGGGUAUUAUGCAGUUAGAGCAACUUAUAUUAAAACUGGUGUCAAAAAAAAUUCCUUCAAUGUAGAGACUGAAAGGUUUAUUGCAUUGGCUUAUUUUUUUAAGAAAACAAAUUGAGGUAAUUAGGGAGUAAUUACUUCAAUAUUAAAUGAAAAGGAGUGAACUUCAUUGAUGCCUGAAACAUUAGACUGGUUACAGUAAAUGACUGAUGUAAACUCUGCUCGCUGUCCCAAUAUCUUAUUGUAUUUUUCUUAACCAAAAGCAUAUGUGAAAGGCAUUCAACAAACAGAACAACUUAGUUUUCUUUCUCUGCUUGGAGAAAUGGGUGCUGCUUUUGGGCCAGGGCCAGCCAAUACUAAAAGAUACUUGGACUUAUUGUCCCCGUUGUCCUCUUGACUUCUCCCUUCCACAAAUAAAAUAUUAUUCUUAUAUUUCAUAAUAUGUAAGCAACCCAGGAGAAGCCUUACUAAACAACCAAGAGAAGACAAAUGUCUAUUUCAGUGUUUCUCAACCUUGGCAACUUGAAGA